AUGAAUGAGAAACAAAUUCUUGGCGUUGCUGGUAGCAGUAAUGAUGUACACCUUAUGACAUUAGAAUAUUAUAACGAACAUAAAGAUGAACUGAAAGGAGAGAAGGGUGACACCGGACCUCAAGGACCUCAAGGACCUCAAGGAAUACAAGGAAUACAAGGAAUACAAGGACCUCAAGGCGAAAACGGUUUGGAUGGAAAGGAUGGAAAGGAUGGAAAAACUGCUAAAUCAUGGAUAUGGGACCUUAUAAAUACUGGUUUAACAGCUGCUUAA